UUCAACGCUCCGAGCUCGGAUACGUUCAAUAACAGUGACAUCUUGAGGAAGCUGAAACUCUCCAAGCCUCCUCUCUGCUCCACCUCCAGCCUCUGUUGCACUGUUCCUCCCACCCUCAUGCUUCCCAGCAGAAACGCAGAGGUGUUUGAUCAAACUUGCCGUGCAGCGGCUGGAGGUGAUCCCCCCACUUCGCCGGACGUCAAGGUGUCUCCGCGCUCUGUGACAAUGGCCAUCUCUGUCUCUCUCCAGUGCCUCGGCCUCACCAUACUCGCAGCUAUCCUCCUCCAGACGGUCGCGGUGGCCAUAAGUUUCAUGUACUUCCACAAAGUCCUGAACACGAUGCAGGACAGUUUUUCCCGGAGCAGCGUAUCCUGUCUGACAAAUGCGAAGCUGCAGCCAGAGUUCCAGGACCCAGCAGCCGAGGGCAGGAAAAGCAGUGAUCCCUGUUGGCAGGUCACACAGCAGCUCCACUACCACAUCGAGAAGAAGAUUGCUGACAGAUUCCAGAGGGAGAUAUCCACUGCUAUGAGAAAUAAGUUGACAGGAGUGCUGCCUAUCUUGGGCCCUGGGGUCCGUGGGGUCCCUCUUCCUAAAGUCGCUGCCCAUGUGACCGGGGUUACCUCAUCGUCGAAGGCUCCAGCAGCACCAGAAAGCCCGCGGAGCAGCAGGGGGUACUCUGGCGAGCGCAUCCGAGCGUGGGAGGGCCAGAGGGGUCUGUCCUUCCUGCAGAACAUGGAGCUUAAAGGAGGGGAGCUGCUCGUACCAACUGCAGGCUUGUACUACAUCUACGCCCAGACCUACUUUAGGCUUCCGUCUGUGGGGGAGACGGACGGGGAAGCAGCAGACGAUGAGGGAGCAGAACUCGUCCAGUACAUUUAUAAAAAGAUGAGUUCCUACACAGGACCCAUCCUGUUGAUGAAAUCGUCCCGGAGCGUGUGCUGGCCUCGGGGUCAGGAGCCAGGCCUCUUCUCCCUGCAUCAGGCCGGCACUGCUUUCCUGCAGCCAGCCGACCGCCUCUUCGUCACCGUCAGCAACGCCAGCGCCAUGGAAAUGGACGGGAGGGCGAGCUACUUUGGGGCUUUCCUGGUGGACUAACGGCAUUAACUGAGGCUUUCCGGAGUCGUCGGUAGACUACAUCAGUCACCAUGGGAAGAAACGGGGCUGGAAGACGAGAAGAUCUUCUUAUGGAGUGGAGCUGGGAUCGCUCUAAACUGCAGAGGAAAACUCUGAAUGCACCGCCCCUCAAAAAGGAAUGAAGAUGAGCUGUUUAUGCUGUGCAUAUAGUCCAGCAGUGACCUGUGAGCACUGAUCACAUGUAGCAGUGGCUGGAAAUAAGAACGCACAUGGAUUAAGUUGGAGAAACUGAAUUGCAAACAUUGGGAUUGCUCUCUGUCGGAAACUGACCAAAUGGACGUCACUGUGUAACCUUUCAACUUUUUCCAGCGAUGGACACAAACUCGUAUAUGGUAUUGUUUACAAAUGUAUUCAUACUGAUAAAAGGAUUUAAUUGACUUUUUUUUUCUCAGGGUGUAAAACGAAGUAAAAACUAUAGAUAUUAUGUUGA